AGCCAUAGAUACACCAUAUAGUUAAUAAAGUAGGAUUCCAAAUGAUUUGUUCACUUUCUGGAGAAGUUGCCAAGGAGCCCGUAGUCUCACCUAGAAGUGGAGCUAUAUUCGAGAAGUCUCUUAUUGAACGAUAUAUUGUAGCCAGUGGUACCGAUCCCUUGACCGAUGAACCAUUGAGUGUUGAAGAUUUGGUACAAAUAAAUGAUGGAAAUGCCAUUGAUUCUUCUAAUCAAAUAGUACCACCUAAACCACCAACUUUCAAUUCCAUCCCUUCAUUAUUAUCUACAUUCCAGAAUGAGUGGGAUGCCUUGGCCUUGGAAGUAUUCUCCUUGAGAAAACAACUCCACAAGUCAAGAGAGGAAUUAAGUGCUGCAUUAUAUCAUCAGGAUGCUGCCGUUAGAGUGGCUUCCCGUUUAGUCAAGGAAAGAGAUGAAGCCAGACAAGCUUUACAAGCAUUAUCUAUUUCCAUUGGAACCAGCGGUGCAGAUGAUGUUGAAAUGGAAAAUGAUGAAGUUGAAGGAGGAGCUAAAUCUAAUGGGGAAGAACAAAAACCUACUGGAAUUAUACCUGUAGAAGAAAUUAAUUCUGCUAGAGACCAAUUAUUCCAAUUGCAUAAAUCACAGAAACCUACAUUAACCAUUCCAGUUGAUCAAGAAGUAUCGGUGGAACUUCUUUCCGCUAAUGUAGCACAUCCAUUCAAAAAAUCAUCAUGUUCUAAUAUUGUGAAAAAUGUUGAUGAAUGGAUCUUGGUGGGUUCACCUACUGGAGUAAUGGCUAAGAUAGAUAAAGAGAAUAAAGUUGAAAAAAUUUUCAAGAGUUCUGGUCAAGAAAUUACAUCCAUUUGUUAUGUAAAGGUUGAAGAAGAAUACGUUCCAAUUAUUUCUGAUCACAGUAAAGAAGCCAAACUUGGUGAAAUGAAGGAGUCAUUCCCAUCUCAUCAUCAAGAUGAAAUUAUUAAAUUAAUUACCCAUCCUUCAUUACAUCACCUCUUUGUGCUGUUUUCUAAAGAUGGUUCAUGGUCAUUGAAUGAUGUAUCACAAUUGAAAUCACUCUUUGUAUCCACCCCGUUAUCUUCAGCAAUUACUGCUGGUGAUAUCCAUGUAGACGGUGCCUUAGUGGCAACCGGUACAACCAAUGGACAAGUGAAUAUAUAUGACCUUACCACUGGAAAUUCCAUUUCUACCGUACAAACAAAAUUCAAUCAUAUAAAUCAACUCAAGUUUGCUGGGAAUGGGUAUUGGUUGUUGGUUCUUUCACAUACCACUGAAGAAUCUCCAAAAUCAGCACUUGAAGUGGUAGAUUUAAGAAAGGGUGUUGUCGUACACACCAUCGAUUCAGAGACUCCAUUUGUUGACUUUAUAAUCGAUCCAUCAUCAUCCAUUGUGGUGACAGUUGACGGACAACAUAAUUUACAAUUACAUAGAUAUUUGAAAAAGGGUAAGAAAUGGAGUAACCUGGAAUUCACUACAGAUUUAAAGACUCCAAUAUCAUCGUUACAAUUACUUACCGAGGCACAAUCUAAAGACUUUGAAGAAGGAGUUGUCAAGUUUAUUACAGUGGCUGAAAACAGCAAGGUGAGUGAGUACAAAAUAAAAUAUUAG